GAGAUGUAGAGUGGCAGCAGCAGAGGCACCUGUGAGUUUCCCUAUCCACAACUUUUUUGGCGGUAGGAAAAAUCAGCAUUGAUAUUUGUUUCUCCAGCGCAGGGUAAGAAGCUGAACCAGAAGCUCCAUCCGCUACACCCAACAUCAUCAUCAUCAUCAUCAACAGCAACAACAACACCAUCAACAAAGUUCAUCUCUUCAUUCAUUCAUUCAUGUCAAUGUGAUGGCUCUUGUACCCACUCGUCAGCUUCACCCAUUCUUCGAUUCAUUUCACACUUCUCCCAACUUCCACUCUGUCCGCUUCUUAACCUCUGGCGAUUACCCCACAUUCUGUUCCACACGCAACUUGCUCUUCUGCCAUUCGCUCCCUCCCAAAGCCCUCUUUACCAAUUCCACUUUUUUUGCCGUAAAAAAACCCUUCUUUUCCGCCAACAGUUUCUGCAGUGAGAGCUGGUUGAAACGCUGGAAUGACCCAUCAAACAAACACAGCCGUCCAAAACCGCCUCGUGCUGUUUUGAAUUAUCAAGGUUCUGGAAAUGAGCGUGCAUCAAAAUUUGGUUUUGUGGGCUCUGAUGAGGAUAGUGACGGUGAUGAUGGUAACAGUAGGGUUAGUACCAUGGAUAGGAUUGUGGAAAAAUUGAAGAAAUUUGGGUAUGUUGAUGAUGGGGUUGAGGAGAAGCAGGGUGGAACAAAGGGGAGAGUAAUAGAAAAAGGGUCAGUGGAGGAUAUAUUCUAUGUGGAGGAAGGAAUGUUGCCUAAUACACGAGGUGGGUUUUCUCCAAAAUCUCCAUUGGGAGUUGGAAGCUUUGGAAGUGAUGGAGAGGUGAGGUUUCCAUGGGAAAAGCCAGUGGUUGAAGAGUUAGAAGAGAGGAAAUCUGCAAGGAGAAAAAGCAAGACCUCUCUGGCAGAACUCACUCUUCCUGAGUCAGAGUUGAAGAGGUUGCUCAAGUUGACUUUUCAGAAGAAGCAUAAGACAAGAAUUGGGAGCAGUGGUGUUUCUCAAUCUGUUGUGGACAAGAUUCAUGAGAGGUGGAAGACACAAGAGAUUGUGAGGUUAAAGUUCGAGGGUGAAGCUGCCCUUAACAUGAAGAGGAUGCACGAGAUUCUGGAGAGAAAAACUGGCGGUUUGGUGAUUUGGAGGUCUGGCAACUCUGUUUCCUUAUACAGGGGUGUGAGUUACGAGGAUCUGUCCAUACAACAGAAUAAAAAGACAUAUAGGAAGAGCGAGAAUUCCUCUAAGCUUUUACCAACACCUUCUUAUAAGUCUGUGGGGAAUCCUUCUGACGCUGCUUCUAAUGCUGGGACAAAUGCACAGUUGGAAAGAUUGGAAUCUACAAAUGACCAGAAAGAAAGAGAUUAUCUGCCCAAAGUCAAUUAUGAACAUGAAGUAGACCAGUUAUUGGAUGGUCUAGGCCCUAGAUACACGGAUUGGCCUGGAUGUGAUCCAUUGCCUGUCGAUGCAGAUAUGCUUCCUGCAACUGUUCCUGGUUACCAACCUCCCUUCAGAGUUCUUCCAUUUGGCGUGAGAUCAACCCUUGGUUUAAGGGAGGCAACUGCUCUACGAAGGAUUGCAAGGACCCUUCCUCCACAUUUUGCGCUAGGUAGAAACAGACAGCUUCAAGGUCUAGCCGUAGCCAUGAUUAAAUUGUGGGAAAAAAGUUCUAUUGCAAAGGUUGCUCUCAAACGUGGUGUGCAGCUAACUACCAGUGAGAGAAUGGCAGAAGAGAUCAAGAAAUUGACAGGUGGUAUACUACUCUCCAGAAAUAAAGACUUCUUGGUGUUUUUUCGAGGAAAGAAUUUUUUAUCUGCAGAUGUUACUCAAGCCUUGCUGGAGAGGGAAAGAGUGGCAAAAGCAAUGCAAGAUGAGGAGGAGCAAGCAAGAUUGAGAGCAGCAUCAUUGCUCAUACCGACUAGUAAUACAUCAGGGUUGUCAGCAGAGGCUGGGACUCUUGGUGAAACUUUGGAUGCAGAUGCAAAAUGGGGAAAAACAUUGGAUGAGCGUCACAAGCAAAGAGUAAUGAGAGAAGUAGAACAACUACGGCAUGCCAACCUUGUUAAAAAGUUAGAACGAAAGCUUUCCCUUGCUGAAAGAAAGUUAAUGAGAGCUGAAAAGGCCCUAAUGAAGGUGGAGGAGUCUUUGAAGCCAUCAGAACACAAAGCAGAUCCUGAAAGUAUAACUGAUGAAGAGAGAUUUAUGUUUCGCAAAUUAGGAUUGCGGAUGAAAGCUUUCUUACUUCUUGGUAGACGUGGAGUUUUUGAUGGUACUAUUGAGAACAUGCACUUGCACUGGAAGUACCGGGAACUGGUCAAGAUUAUUGUGAAGGCUAAAACCUUUGAACAUGUGAAAAAAAUUGCUCUUGCACUUGAAGCUGAGAGUGGUGGUGUUUUGGUUUCAGUUGACAAAGUUUCAAAAGGAUAUUCUAUAAUUGUUUAUCGAGGUAAGGAUUACCACCGUCCUUCAAUGUUGAGACCAAAAAAUCUUUUGUCAAAGAGAAAGGCUUUGGCACGUUCAAUUGAGCUCCAACGACAUGAGGCCCUCUUGAAUCAUAUUUCUGCUUUGCAAAAUAAAGUGGAGAAGUUGAGAUUCGAAAUAGAACAAAUGGAGAACGUACAGAACCAGGGCGAUGAAGCGUUGUAUGACAAAUUAGAUUCUGCCUAUCCCUCUGAUGAUGAGAACUCUGAGGUGGAGGAUGAGGAAGGAGACGAGGCAUAUCUUGAGACCUAUAAUAGCGAAAAUGAAAGUGAAAUUGAAAGCGAAGUUGAAAGUGAUAAUAUGUAUUCUCCAGUCUGAGGAAUUUCGCUCUCGAAGUUGAAGGUCAAGGUUCAUUUGAUUAGGAUUCCUAAUGCCUAUGUGAAUCAAUGAUGGCACUCAACCAAUUGGACCACCGGCUGAUUGAGGAAGACUAUAUAACAGCUCCUUCCGAUUAAACCACCGAGAAGCAUGUUCAAUUCAAUGCUAUUGUCAUGGGUCAUGCCAUUAGACGCUAUCCUGAAUCUAACUAGCUUAGUGUUACAGUUUCUGUAAGAUGCAUGUAUAUCCAUUUGUUCGUUUGAAAUUCUCUGGAACUGAAUAAUUCAAUUCUCUGAAAUUCAAAUGGUUUUGUUAAUAUAUUGUGGAUGGAUAAGAGCAAUAUUAUCUUAUAGAGGAAAUAUAUACUGAUUUAAAGAACUUGUUCUGUGGAGCUUAUAAAUUGCAAGGAAUAUUUCACAUUUUCUAAUGUUGGUUACAUUUUUGUAAUGGUUCACAAGAUAUGCAAACUUUUAGGUUUGGCUGCAAUAAUUGCGCAACAAUAUUGGUUACAUUUUUCUAAUGGAUUUUCUCUAUUUUCUUAAUGGAUUCCCUCAAUUCUUCCUGAUCCCUUGAUCUUGAAGGUGAUUGAACAAUUUCAGUCCAAACAGAACCAGGUUGCAUUAUAGGGCUAGGUUCCUUGUGAAGUUCGAAUAUGGAAUCAGCUUCAGCAUUCAAACUGCCUAUCGUUUCCAAGCAUUCGAUAUCUUCCGGAUCCACCAGUAGAUCGUGAUAACAAUCCUUCCUCCCUAUGAGCUGUAUUGCAUAACAUGCAAGUUACCUUGUUGACAUUGUAAAGUGUAAAAUCAAACAUUUUAUCACAAGAUAUGCAAAAUUGUUCAUAUUUACC